AUGAAUGCUUUUAAUACUUUAAGCAUUAGGCAGUCAUCAAUAUCUCCAUCAGACUACAAGCCGCCUCGGGUCCGCGUCUUCACGCAGACGUUCGGCGCGGGCCCCCGCCCCCGGCUGCUGCUGGUCUGCGAGGCCUCGGGCUUCUUCCCGCUGGCCGUCGACAUCGCCUGGCUGGUCCCCGCCCCCGAGGACGAUUCGGACCCCGUCCCCCUCGCCCCGCUCGUCUUUGGCAGCCACCGCCACAACCGCGACGGCACUUUCAACCUCUCGGCCGAGGUGGCCCUGGAGGGCUGGCCGGAGGAGGAGGAGGGCGGGGGCGGGCCCGGCCCCCUCUACACCUGCCAGGUGACCCACCCGGCGCUGGACGCCCCCCUCGCCGUCAACCUCCGGCCGCAGCCCCCCGACGACCAGGCAGCCCGUUACCUGCACGUCGUUUACCAGGGGGCGUUGUUGUCCGUGUUGCUGCUGGUGGCUGUGAUGUACCUCUGUCGAGGGAACAGGACCCCGACUGAAAUGCCCAGCGUCCCAGGACCAGACAAGACAACACAAGACUAAAGGCGAUGGAAGGGCCUGCGCGGGACGGAGCGCGUCGAUGGCGCUCGCCGUUCGAGGAUGCGAGGGAGUGACGGGGUGGGGGGAGCCCUCCGCUCCUACUGAGGGGCCUGACACUCUCCCUUUUACCUCCCUCCCCCGAGCUCUCUCCCUCCCCACUCCCCGCUUCCCUCGGCUCCGAGUGUCGGCACCCUCGAGGCGGUGCCGGAGCGCAGAGGGAUUCCGACGCUCCCCGAACGUGGACGCGCCCGUCCAGGGCCACGUUUUAUAGAACUCCCGUCUGGAGUACCACCUUCCCGUUACAGGGAAGGUGUGUGUUUGUGUGUGGGAGGGGGAGUUGGCGGGAGACUCGGAGAGGAGGCUCACACCGUGACGCUUCCUGGAUUCGAGGGCGCGAGGGUCCGGAUGAACGUGGGACGUUCUCCCCCACCCCCCG